UUGCUCCAAUCAUAGCAUGGAGACCACGCCAGCAAACGACUUUAACUAUGACUAAGUUUCCAUCGCGGGUUCGAAUCGGGUUAGAGUUGGGUUAGAGUCGAGUUGGCUUGUCUGUUUCCACGCGACGCUAGUUACACGAUGUCACACCAGAGUAACGACAAGGUAAAGCUUUUACCCACCGCAUAACAUUACAGGCAGAUUGACAUUUGUAUACCAAUAUUAAAGUGUGGUUAUGUUAUCAUAAGACAGUAUGGAUCCUCGGGCGUGUAUAUUAAUUUCGCAGUAUUAUGCUAAUAUGCAGAAAUUGUUUCUUAUUUUACAAAAUCGGCGACGGAAAACAGCGCAAAAGUUAUGGCAUGCAAUGUGUAUAAUUAUGAAUACACAUAUGCUUGGACAAGUUUUCAUUUUUUCCUCUACUUUCUUGAAGAUUUCCGAAGUCUUAAACUUCUUCCCGUCCAUUACGUUUAUCACUUGUAAUUCUUUUAUUAUUGCCAGAAAGAUUUCCGUUUCAUCUACGUUCCAGGCUACAGGUUUUUUUUUUUAUUUUCAUUCGAAUAAUAAUUAUCCAUCUUCGAAACGAAACGAAACAAAUAUAAACAUCGGUCAUGGAACAAUUAAUUUCGUACGUUGGCAACACUACGGUAUCCGAACUCGACUUUUGUCGUUUCCACCGAACCUCAUCCAGACCCAACCAUGGAGUAUUUUAUGGUUGGGUUCUGGUUCCAGUUCCGUGUUUCCACCGUACAAACGCUCACCCCAACCUGACUCGAACCCGAUUCGAACCAUCGAUGGAAACUUACAAGUCAAUCACGGCGAGCCUCCAAGGCAACUUGUCCCCGACGAGCGAAACUGCUGCGAGCGUUCUCCGAGAAACAGUAGAAGUAAAAAUUGGAGGGAUCGUAACAAAAAUAAUGAUCUGUCACAAAACUCUGAUGACAUACCUCAAGGUUUUCGAAGAACUCAAAACAACAGACAAGGACAUCAAGGCGGACAACAUAGGGGACGUGGUUUUCAUAGACAGCUGAUCAGCCAAGAUCUAUCCAGCACAAGAUAUUUCAAUUUUAACCGCUUGAAUAAGUUGAGUCAAAUGAAGAACGAUGACGUUGUUACAAAAUUAGCUGAAAAAAAAACUGAAUUUCAAGAAUUGUUGAACAAUAUAGAUACACCUGAUCUGUUGGUGGUUACACUCCAAGUUUUAACAAAUGUUUGCCAGGCAAAUUUUACAGAAAUUGUUACAAGUGUAUUGAGCCAGGCUUGUUCUGUUUCUUUCUUGGAAAGUUUGCAAAUUUAUUUGUCAAAAUUACCAUUUGAGAGCAGCACAGAAAAAAUAAAAAACAAACUUUACUGGGAUGAUAACGACAAAUUUUGGCGCAAUCUCAUCAAAUUUAUAAAAAAAGUAACGGAACUUCUUCCCACCAAAGCUCGCGAUGAGUUGACUUCUGUUUUGCAAAAAAUAAACCUGAUCAUUCCAGCAAUUGAAGGAAGCAAAGGUUAUAAAAUUGAUGACAAUGUUAAAGAAGAUGCUACAACUUUACUAAAAGAGUUAGAAGAUGAAAUUAGAAAAGUUGAAAAGCAAGCCAAGGACCUUGAGAUUCUAUCCACGAAGCCAGAUUCUGAAGAAGAGCCACCUGAAAAUUUCAGGACAUUAAGUGUCAUACCAACCGUUAGUGACUUGUACAAUGAAAAACCUUUCAUAAGACCAUGCAAAGUCAAAGAUGCAUAUGAUUCAGUGGAGCAUUAUUUAGAUGUACAAUUUCGUUUAUUACGAGAGGAUUUUAUAUCCCCGUUGCACGAUGGCAUAAAAGAAUAUUUACAUAUCCAGAACAAUUAUCGAAACAACGACCUUCGUAUAUAUAAAAGAGUUUCGUUCAUAGCACCAGAAGUUACAGAAAAUCAUAUUGGCAUUAAAAUAUCAUUCGGAGUAUUACGUAACAUCAAGUGGAAGACUUCUAAGAGAUUUAUGUUCGGCAGUCUAUUGCUUCUCAGCAGAGAUAAUUUCAACACAAUACUGUUUUUCACUGUAGCCAAUCGAGAUAUUAAAGAGUUGGAACAAGGACUGAUCCUAGUUCAACCUUGCGAAGGAACACAGAUUUCUCGUAAUGUUUACAGCACACCUUUUGUUAUGCUUGAAUCAAAGAUUUACUUUGAACCAUAUCUAGCAGUCCUCAAUGCCAUGCGACGCUUGAAUGAACUAAAUUUUCCUAUGUCAAAUUAUCUCGUAUACGCAAACACUGACCAGUUAAUGCCGCAAUAUCUUAGAAACCAAGAGCAUUUGAGGUACAAGAAUUUCCAACUACCAAUUGGGCUAGAAGAACCUUGGCCAACUGCGACAGAUUUGAACUUGGAUGAAUCACAAUACGCAGCGUUUAGGUGUGCACUAACUGAAGAAUUUGCAGUUAUCCAAGGACCACCUGGAACGGGAAAAACAUUUAUUGCCCUGGAAAUAGUUCGGACUUUGUUGGAAAAUUCUUCUUUUUGGAAAGGUUAUGGUCCCAUUGUAGUUGUUUGUUUGACAAAUCAUGCUUUGGAUCAAUUUCUUGAAGGAAUUCUUCAAUACACGCAUUCUAUAGUUCGCGUUGGAAACCGAUCUAAAAACGAAACUCUAGCAAAAUAUGCUUUGAUGAAUAAGCGCAAGUCAAUGAGGUAUCGUGAUCGGAAUGGUGCAUGGCCGCUUUUUUUUUCGACAAAACUAGAAUUAGAAUUGAUAAUGCAGAAAAUUGGGACCAUACAUAAAAAUGUCUCAUGUUUAACCGCCCCAGCGGCUAUUGUACCUCUGCAUGUUCUGCGGAAGUUUUGUAAAUGUGAUGAAGAAUGGAAAUUCCAAUCUAAUGGAGAUUUAGUGAACUGGCUUGUCGGGACUGAUAUUGGUUUAAAGCCAGAUGAUUUGCUUCAACCUAAACCAGCUGAGGAAGACGUCGGAAUAAAGGAUCUUGAAAAUGAUGAAAAUACGCAUAUGGAUGACGAAAUUGAACUAUCACAUGAUCUCCAACCCGAAGACUCCAUCACAAUGCCUAUUUUCCCUUUGCGUUGUGUGGAUGCUUCAAUCAAUGGUAUUCAGCGUCAAAUGUAUGUUUAUCAACAAUCGGAGGGAGAUAUGUGUCAGAUGCCAUUUACCCCAACUCUCCAAUGGCAAGAAGACUUGGAUUUGCUAUAUAAACAGCGGCACUUUUUAGAGAUUGCAUUGGCACAACACCCGAUACUGAACAAGAAUCCACAGAAAAUAAACAACCCACGCUGGAGGAUAUAUUGGAAAUGGGUUCGAAUGAGCUACUAUAAAGCAAUGCGUGUAUUAUUAAAGUUAGAAGAACAUUCUCGUGAAAUACAAGCAAAACUAAAGGAAGUCAGGCAACUAGUUGAUUUGGCCAUACUUCGUGACCACAAGAUAAUUGGACUUACGACAAAUGGUGCUGCUAAUCUGCAUUCAUCUUUACGAGCUCUUACUGCCCCCAUAGUACUUGUCGAAGAGGCUGCAGAAAUUCUAGAAGCACAUGUCGUGUGCUCGAUGACCCAGUAUUGUCAGCAUGUAAUUCUCAUCGGAGAUCAUAAACAACUACGUCCAAAAGCGUCGGUCUAUAAACUUGGGACAAAAUACAAUUUGAAUGUAUCGCUUUUUGAGAGAAUAGUCAACAUCAGGGGAGAUUGUGUCCAAUUGGCAUAUCAGCAUCGAAUGAGACCACAGAUUGCCAAAUUGAUUUCGCCAUCUAUUUAUGAUACACUUUAUAAUCAUGAAUCAGUACUGAACUAUUCCAAUGUCAAAGGCUUGGAUAAAAAUCUUUUUUUUCUAAAUCACAAAAACGCUGAAAUUAGUCAUAAUAGUGAGGAAAGCUGGGUGAACGAACACGAAACAAAUUUUCUAGUUGCAUUCGCCAGACAUCUGAUUCUGCAAGGAUACGAUGGGUCAGAGAUCACUAUACUCUGUACCUAUACAGGACAACUUUUCUCGCUUAUGCAGGCAACAAAACGGUAUUCAAUACUUAAUCCAGUACGCGUGACAACAGUUGACAACUAUCAAGGGGAGGAAAAUAAGAUCAUCCUCCUUUCACUUGUACGCAACAAUGGAGAGGGAAAAAUUGGAUUCCUCAAGGAAGAAAACAGAGUGUGUGUAGCAUUGUCCCGUGCGCGUGAAGGUCUCUAUAUUAUGGGUAACAUGGAAGAUCUCGUGAUCAAAAAUACGAUCUGGCCAAAGAUCAAAGAGGUCUUAGAAAGUGAAAAUGCAAUUGGCGAAUACUUGACGUUGCACUGCCAAAUUCAUCAGGGUCAAUCUGUACAGAUGUGGACCGCAAAUGAUUUCCAACAAUGUCCUGAAGGAGGUUGUCUAAAAAAAUGUGGUGCUGAUUUGCUUUGCGGACAUUCAUGCACUAGCGUGUGUCACGUUCUCGACCGAGAACAUGAGAAAUAUGAAUGCAAGCAGCCUUGUAUGAAAAGUUGUCCAUGUGAUCAUCCUUGUCAGCAAAAAUGUUUUGAAGUCUGUGGACCAUGUUGUGUAACUGUGGAACGCCAACUGAAAUGUGGCCACACUGUAAAAAUGCAAUGCCACGAGGAUGCGGAAAAAUUCAAAUGCUACGUUAAAGUUACUGCCGUUUUACCGUCUUGUGAACAUGAAAUUGAAAAAAACUGUUAUCUCCCGGUUGAGGAUAGUGUGUGCUCACACCCCUGUGAAAUUCGACUGCCAUGCGGUCAUAGUUGCUGUUUGAAUUGCCAUGUCAACAACGAUCCUGACCAUAUUAAGUAUACUUGUUACAAAGAUUGCACAAAAAAUAACCGCGACUGUGAAAACCACCAUCCAUGCAAGAAGCGAUGCCACGAGGAAUGCAAUCCAUGUUCAAUAAUUGUUGAAAAAUCACGCUCCUGUGGUCAUUUUUAUCGCAAGGUUAAAUGUGCUGUGAAUAUAGAAGCCAUCUUGUGUAAAAGAGCCUGUAAAAAAGAGAUGAAUUGUGGCCACAAUUGUCGCCGUCAAUGUUGGGAAACAUGCGCAGGCUGUCCAGUUGAAGUGUCAAAAAUGAGUCCAUGUGGUCAUACGAUUAAGGUGAAAUGCCAUGAACAAGCAUCAAUUUCCAAAUGUAAUGGAAAAUGCCUACGCAAAUUAGAUUGCGGUCACCCUUGUCAAGCCAAAUGUAAAGAUCCAUGCACUAAGAAAUGCAAAACGAUGGUGGAACUGACCGAACCUGGCUUAUGUGGCCAUACUAUUUUUGUGCCAUGUUACUUGUCAAAAACGGAUCCCAAGUCUUCGGAGAUACUGAAGUACUGUGAUGAACCGUGCAGAAGCAAGUUGGCCUGUGAGCAUCUUUGCAGUGGAAAAUGUGGACUCUGCAAACAAGGACGUAUACACAUCCCAUGCAGAGAGCGUUGUGGUAACAUUCUCGUUUGUGGACACGAAUGUCAAAUACCCUGCAGAGUACAAUGUCAACCUUGUACAAAGAUAUGCGAAGCAAGAUGCCGCCACAGUAAAUGCAAUAAGAAAUGCGGGAUACCGUGUAAACCGUGCAAAGAAAAAUGCUUUUGGAAUUGUAAGCACAGGAAAUGUAAUAAGUUUUGCUAUGAAUUAUGUGAAAUAGAACCAUGCAAUGAACCGUGUGAAAAAAGAUUGAAAUGCAAACAUCCUUGCAUUGGUUUCUGCGGGGAGCCUUGCCCACCAUUAUGUCGAAUUUGUGACAAAGAAGCUUUGAUAGAAGAAUUUUUUCUUGGCGAAGAGGACGAACCAGAUGCAAGAUUUGUCUUUCUGGAAGAUUGUUCUCACUGUAUUGAAAGUAAUGGACUUAUAACAUGGUUGUCGCAAGUUUCGUUGGGUUCGGGUAAUGACAAAGCCAUUCAAGUGAAAACAUGUCCAAGGUGCAAGACGCCAAUAAAAAAAUGUAUGAGAAUUAUGAACAUGAUAAAGAAAGAUCUCGAGGACGUACAACGCGUGAAGAGAAAAGUAUUUGGCGACAAAACACUGUUGUUACAGCAACAGGAGCAUUAUUUUAAAACCAUACAGAAGAUGAUUAUUGGUGGACGUGAAGCAGGUAUCUUACAAGAAUUUCCACAGCUGCACAUUCUGUUGAACAUUUUAUCCGAAAAAACAGCGCCGUUACAUAAACAGAAAAAGCACAUUUUAAGUGCACAAGAAUUGGAAGCUUUGAAAAUUAUAUUAGACCUUUUGCUGCGAAUCUGGCAAACAAUAGACUCAGUAAAAUCUCGUUCCGUCUAUGAAUAUGAAUUUUUCGAAAAUCAAGUAGCGAUGCUGAUAGAAGCAAUUCCAACAACAGGGAAAAUAUCGCCUCAAGAAUCUAACGAUAUCGAGGCAGAAUUCAUACGUUUGAAAUAUCUGGCAGAUGUAUGUAACAUGGAUGAAUACUGUGACAAGGAUGGAAAAGAAUAUAAAGAUUUGAUAGCAAAACUUUUGAGUAUUGAAAGGUUCACCAAUGAACGAGGUUUAGAAGUUAUGGAGGGAUUAAAAAUUACUGUACGAAAUUCCAGACAAAAAAUUACCGAACACGAAAAAAAAAUGAUUGUCCGAGUGAUGGGCUUUGAACAAGGUCAUUGGUUCAAAUGUCCAAAUGGGCACGUCUACGCUGUAGCUGACUGCGGGGGUCCCACAAUAGAGAGUAGGUGUAACGAGUGUGGAGCUACCAUUGGUGGUACCAGCCAUCGAUUGAGAAGUAAUAACUCGUUGGCUGGAGAAAUGGACGGAGCUGUACGUCCUGCCUACCCAGGAACAAUAUAAUGUGUUUUUUGUCAACUCCAGUUAAUGUUAAUUCAUUCGUUCUUAAGUUUUGUUUGAUGAGUUAUAAGUUUAAAGAGUCUGUUUGGUCAUACGUUUAGUUUAAAAACAAUAACAAUUUAUCUAAAAUGAGAAUUUAUUAUUUGUUUGAAAAAAAAUUGUUUAUCGAAUU